ACGCUCAUGGCGAAAAUCUUAGCAGACGAUGAAAGUCAUUGUUUGAUGUCCACCGAGGGAUGGAUGGACGUGUUUUGCACGUGUUAUGACCAGCUGGCCAUUAUGUCGAGGGGACAUGACAGCGUCUGUCUACAGGUAUCAUGGGAUCUCCACUGAAGAGUCUGGUACAUGAUGAUGAGAGAUACCAGAAAUCCUUCCACCUUUUUCUGGAGCGCUCUUCUGAACACCAAUGCAUGCGGGACUUCAUACACAAUAAGCUACCAGACAUUCUGUCCAGUGUUGGAGAUGGAAAGUCCCAUCUAAAUGUCAUUGGAGUUGGAAGCGGAGCUGGUGAUAUAGACCUAGAGAUGCUCGAUGAGCUACAUAAGAAGCAUCCAGAGGUGACGGUGGAUAAUGAGGUGGUGGAACCGAGCAGCCAACAGCUACAUAACUAUAAAGUUUUAGUGUCACAGAAACCCGAGUUAAAUUACAUCAAGUUUACCUGGAACAAGAUGACAGCCUCUGACUUUGAGGAGCACUGGAAACUGAGAAAGUUGACAAAGAAGGCAGACUUCAUUCACAUGAUACAGAUGCUGUACUAUGUGAAGGAUCCCGGUGCUACCAUCAGCUUCUUCCAGAGUCUCCUCGACAAGAAUGGGAAGCUUCUUAUUAUUCUUGUGUCUGGCGAGAGUGGCUGGGGGAAGCUGUGGCGGAAAUACAGAAAUGAGCUCUGCAACACGGAAAUAAGUCAAUGCGUGACCACGGGAGACAUCAAAAGCCUCCUGGACUCAAAGGGAGUGAGCUACCAGAGCUUUGACCUGCCUUCUCAAAUGGAUAUAACCGAGUGUUUCACAGAGGGAGAUGAGAAGGGAGAGCUGCUUCUCGACUUUCUCACCGAAGUGCUGGAUUUUAGUAAAACGGCUUCACCAGAGCUGAAAGCUGGCGUGUUGGAGCUGCUUCGGCAUCCGGACUGCAGCAUGGAGUCUGAGGGCAAAGUUGUCUUUAACAACAACCUUGGUGUCAUAGCCAUUAAUAAACCAACUUAAAAACACAUCAGGGCUGAUGUGAAUGUUAAAUUAGUCAUAGAUGAUGAAAUAUUUUUAAGCACAAUGAAUAUCUUCAAGCUCUAUUCUGUUUUGAUUCUAGUUUUGUAUACAUGUUAAUGAUUGUUUUAUUAAUUAUAAAUUGUAUUGCAUACAUUUGCACUGAAUGUAUUCCUUCCUAUUUUUAUGAUUAACUGGAUAUUAUUUCCUCUAUAAAGAUAAUUCUAAAUCACUUACAGGCACACAUGAGCUUCAGAUUGUUACCUCUCUGCAGUUUUUAUGAGCUGCUCUUGGCAGGCUGCUGCCCAACCCCAUUAUACUGCUGCUUUCAUCGUGAGCUCUGUUUUAUUGCAACUGUACAAAUAAAUAGAAAAUUGAACAAUUA